AUGGAAGGAGAUAUUCUUGAUCUUUUGCUUCAAUUGAGGAAAGAGCAAUCAACUUCAACUGAUCUUACUUUGGACAACAUAAAAGCAAUUUUCAUGGAUAUAUUAACUGCUGGAUCAGAUUCUAUCGCAGUUACAGUAAUAUGGUCAAUGACAGCCUUGAUGAAAAAUUCAAAAGUCAUGAAGAAAGUUCAAGAAGAAAUCAGACAAUCAAUUGGGAACAAAGGCAUUGUGGAUGAAGAUGAUAUUCAAAACAUGCCUUAUUUUAAAGCAAUGAUAAAAGAAACAUUUAGAUUUUAUCCACCAGGUCCACUUCUAUGGCCAAGAAAAUCAAUGAAAAAAUCCACUUUAGAAGGCGAUAUUGAUUUCAAAGGCCAAAAUUUUGAGUUGAUUCCAUUUGGAGCAGGCCGGAGAGGUUGCCCAGGUAUUUCACUCGGUGUUACAACGGUAAAUCUUAUACUUUCAAAUCUUCUGUAUGCAUUUGAUUGGGAAUUGCCUUAUGGAAUGAUGAAAGAAGAAAUUGAUACAGAUGGUUUGCCUGGACUUAUCAUGAAUAAGAAAAAUGCUCUUUGCCUUGUCCCUAAAAAUUAUCUCUACACCUAG